AUGGCAGAAGACGACCGCACCGCCGUCAUCGACGAGACGCCCAUCAGCCCCGUCCGCGAGUCCUCGCACGUCCGGCAGAACUCGUUGGAGAAGCACCUGCAGCACCGUCCAGAUCCGAAGGAAUUGCGCGACAGGCACAUUCUGCUGGAUACUAAUGCUGCGCCAGCCCUGCAAGCAGCAGCACAUGAACUCGAGCGUCAGAAAGUGACGGAUUCUUUGAAGAAAGGAUUGGAGAAGCGUCCACAGAGGGAGGAUCUGGUUGAGCGCAACAUCCUCCCCUCCUCCACCGCCGCCCCUUCCAUUCAAGGUCCCGCGCGCGAGCUAGAAAAGCACAUGCGCGCCGACUCUCUCAACGAGAAGAUCUCGCACCGUCCGAAACCCGAGGAUCUGAUCAAAGACGGGAUUUUGACUGAGGAUCCGACGGAGAUCCCAAGCGAAGAGGAGAAGAAGAGGGAGGAGGAGGCGGAGAGAUUGUAUGAGGAGCGGAUUGAGGAGGAGUAUGCUAAGCGGGAGGGUGGUGCUUAG